GCUCUGCGACCUCCAGAAUUAACCCUUGAGCGCCGGGGACCGCGGUGCACCCCGCCCCCGUCCCCGUCCCUCACCCGGACCACGCAGGAGAUGGGUGCCCCCAUCGGCACAUUGUCCUGUGGCCACCGGACAUCAUGCCUCCCAAGAAAGAUGUUCCCGUGAAGAAACCAGCAGGGCCCGCCCCAGGGCCUGCUGUCUCCAAGCCAGCUGCCAAGCCAGCAGCGGGGGCUCCUCCAGCCAAGCCCAAGGCUGAGCCUGCUGUUCCAGCAGCCCCUGAGAAACCCCAGGAGCCCCCAGUGGAUCUCUCCAAAGUGGUGAUCGAGUUUAACAAGGAUCAGCUGGAGGAGUUCAAGGAGGCCUUUGAGCUGUUUGACCGAGUAGGCGAUGGCAAGAUCCAGUACAGCCAGUGUGGGGACGUGAUGAGGGCCCUGGGCCAGAAUCCCACCAACGCCGAGGUGCUCAAGGUCCUGGGGAACCCCAAGAGUGACGAGCUGAAGUCCCGGCGUGUGGACUUUGAGACCUUCCUGCCCAUGCUCCAGGCAGUGGCCAAGAACCGGGACCAAGGCUCUUACGAUGACUACCUGGAGGGGCUUCGGGUGUUUGACAAGGAGGGAAACGGCAAAGUCAUGGGAGCAGAGCUGAGACACGUCCUCACCACCCUGGGAGAGAGGAUGACUGAGGAGGAGGUGGAGACUGUCCUGGCGGGACAUGAGGACAGCAACGGAUGCAUCAACUACGAGGCCUUCCUGAAGCACAUCCUAAGCGUCUGAGCUCUCCAGAUCCCGCGGGGCCAGAUACUGAUUCCCCCACCCCCUGCAGGAGGAAGCACGUUCCUGCCACUAGGAGGCCACCUAUUGUUUCAAAAUAAAGACACGGCUCCUUCCUCGG